CGAUACAUCAGCACGGAGCUGGGGAUGCGGCAGCGGCUCUUUGUGGGUGUGCUGACCUCCAAGAGCACGCUGAACACACUGGGGGUGGCUGUCAACCGCACUCUGGCCCAUCGCCUGGAGCGCCUGGUGUACUUCACGGGCACGCGGGGCCGCAAGGUGCCCCACGGCAUGACGGUGGUGACGCACAGCGAUGAGCGGCCCAUCUGGAACAUGUACCAGACCAUCAGGUACCUCCUGGACCACUACGUGAACGACUUCGACUGGUUCUUCCUGGUGCAGGACGAUACCUACACGGAGGCACACCGCAUCAACCGCCUGGUCGCUCACCUAAGCAUCGACACCCACCUCUACCUGGGCCGUCCCGAGGAGUUCAUCGGCGGGGACACUGAGGGACGCUACUGCUAUGGGGGGUUUGGCUACCUGCUGUCCCGCAGCCUCCUCCUGCUCCUGCAGCAGCACCUGGAAGGCUGCCGCAACGACAUCCUCAGCGCCCGGCCCGACGAGUGGCUGGGGCCGCCAGCCGUCAACUGUGCUGAGGAGCACGAGGGCCUGCGUUACCAGUAUUUUGAACUGGGGAAGAAUGUGGACCCCGAGCGGGAGAGCGACCUCCGUUUCCAGAGUGCCUUCACUGUCCACCCCGUGCUGGAUCCUCUUCAGAUGUACCGAUUGCACAAGUACUUUGCGCAAGUGGAGCUUGAGAGGACGUAUCAGGAGAUCCAGCAGCUCCAGCUGGAGAUCCAGAACACCAGCAGCCUGUCUGCUGAUGGGGACCACGGUGCCACGUGGCCCAUUGGCAUCCCACCCCCCUUCCAGCCCAAAACCCGCUUUGAGGUGCUGCGCUGGGACUACUUCACGGAGGAGCAGGUCUAUGCCUGUGUGGAUGGCUCCCCAAAGUGCGAGCUCCGUGGUGCAGAUCUGGCGGACGUGGCCGAUGUGGUGGCAACAGCCAUGGAGGAGCUGAAACGCAAGNNCCAUGUCCACAAGCAGCAGCUGGUGAACGGGUACCGGCGCUUCGACCCCACACGUGGCAUGGAGUACACGCUGGACCUGCAGGUGGAGGUGGUCACCCAGAAGGGGCACAGCCGCUCCAUCACCAAGCGUGUGCACCUGGUGCGGCCCCUCAGCGAGGUGGAGAUCAUCCCCAUGCCCUACGUGACGGAGGCCAGCCGCAUCAAUGUCAUCCUGCCGCUGACGGCCCAUGACCGGGACCACGCUGCACGCUUUUUGGAGGCUUAUGCAGCGGCCGCCUUUGAGAGCAGUGAGAACGCAGUGCUCACCUUCCUCUUCAUUUAUGACCCCUUCGAGGCCCAGCAGGUCACCCAGAAUGACAUCUUCGCCCCCGUGAAGGCCCAGAUCACCGAGUACGAGCGCAAGUACACAGAGGUGAAGAUCCCGUGGAUCAGCGUUAAGACGGACGCACCCUCCCAAAUCAAGGUCAUGGACAUCAUCUCCAAGAAGCAUCCUGUGGACACGCUUUUCUUUGUGGCUGGGGGGGGGGCCGUCGACUUCCUGACCCGCUGCCGGAUGAACACCAUCAACAACUGGCAGGUCUUCUUCCCCAUCCACUUCCAGGGUUACAACCCCGCCCGCGCUUACCACAACCAGGUGCCACCCACCACGCUGGACCUGCUGCGGGAUGCGGGGCGCUUUGACCGCGACGUCUUCCACGAAGCCUGCUUCUACAACGCCGACUACAUGGCAGCACGCACCCGCAUGGCGGGUGACGUGCAGGAGAACGAGGACAUCCUGGAGACCCUGGACAUCUACGACAUGUUCAUCAAAUACUCCAACCUCCACGUCUUCCGGGCUGUGGAGCCUGCCCUGCUGCAGCACUACCGGCACCAGGCCUGCAACCCCCGGCUCAGUGAGGAGAUCUACCACCGCUGCAUGCAGAGCAGCCUGGAGGGCGUGGGCUCUCGCUCCCAGCUGGCUAUGGUGCUUUUUGAGCAGGAGCAGGGGAACAGCACCUGA